UCAUCCCACUCCCUAGGAUGGGAAAAGGUAUGGGGCUCCAGGGCGGAGCUUUCCCCAGGCGGAUGGGGCGGGCCUUGCGUCGGAAGUCACUUGUGAGUGAGCAGCUAAGGGUCUACCGGAGAGAGAAUUUAGCUCAGGAGGCAUGAAUCUCUGGCGGGCAUACCAGCAAGCACUGGCUGCUCACCCAUGGAAGGUACAGGUUAUCACAGCUGGGUCCCUGAUGGGUGUGGGUGACAUCAUCUCUCAGCAGCUAAUAGAAAAACGUGGUUUAGAGAAGCACCAGGUCCACAGGACCCUGACCAUGGCUUUUAUAGGCUGCAGCUUUGUGGGCCCUGUGGUAGGUGGUUGGUAUCGGAUUUUGGAUCGACUCAUCCGUGGCAAUACCAAGAUGGAUGCACUGAAGAAGAUGGUAAUAGAUCAGGGGGGCUUUGCCCCAUGUUUUUUGGGAUGCUUGCUCCCAAUAAUUGGUACAUUUGAUGGACUGUCAGUCAAGGACAACUGGGUCCGACUGCAGCAGGAUUACCCUGAUGCCCUCAUCACCAACUACUAUAUCUGGCCUACUGUGCAGUUGGCCAAUUUCUACCUUAUUCCCCUUGCUUACAGGUUGGCUUUUGUCCAGUGCGUUGCUGUUAUCUGGAACACCUACCUAUCCUGGAAGUCACAUCAGUCCUGAGUCCACCUCUCCUCAUGCCCCCCUUCUUGGAACUAUAUCUCUUGACCCUGGGAUAGGUUCAGAUGACUUCAGAGCAGUCCCAAACAGUUUUCAGCAUGCCAGGCCACUGGGAAGAAAAGACUUCUGGGAUGGAACACUGAAAUGAAUCCCUCUCCCCCCAUAUAAAUAGUACAACCUUUCAUGUAGUUUUAGAAAAUAAAAACUGACAUCUCUUGCUUCCUUUGCUCCCAUUAUGUGCAGUCUUUGCCCAGUUCUCUGCUCAUCUCUUCCUAACUCAUUCCCCUACAAGUUGAGCCAGACCCUUAAUUCUCCCUAGACCUUCAUGGACACCUCUACCUUAACUAAAUUGUAGUGAUAAUUGCUGUGGUUUGUGGCUCUAGACAGAACACAGUCCCAAAUGAAAUUUAAGGUCCGGUGAUGUUUUGCAGUGGUAUCCUAUCCUAACCUUUCCUCUUCCAAGUCAGGUAGAAAUUCAGUCAAGCUGAAGCUAGAACUUGACACCAAUCCCUCUUCUCCCACCCCUGCUUCCCUGACUUAAGAAUAAAGGAAUCAACUAAA